GUGCUCUGCUGUCAUUGGAGCUAACUGGAUUUAUCAGAAUCCAUAAAAUUUGAAUAUGGCUGAUAAUAAACUCUCAGUUUGAGUUCUGAACCAUCUAUACAGAGCUGCCACCACUUAAACCUGCUAGGAAAACAGAAAGAUGUCCCAGAAAGCUGAAGAUAUUAUACUUCUUCUACUUCUGAUCAUGAUUUAUGGUCCGAAUGGUGGAGAAUGUAACCGGGCACAUCUAAAACUGAUAAAUAAGACAAUGGAGAUGAGAAUCUCACUUGAACAAUCCAACUUUACUGUUUUGGACACUGUGGGAGAGUUACUCUGUAAUUCAACAAGAAAUCCGUGUUAUAUUGAGUGCUCCUACCAUGAUUUCUUCCCAAACAAAAACUUCACACAAACAGAAACACUGAACCUGAAAAUAAAUUCUAGGAGUAACACAACAGUUGACUUCAGUAUAGAUCAAACAUCAUGCAACUGUACUGUGGUAGAAUGCUUGCCUGAUGACAUAAGUAAUCUCCUGAAAAUGAAAGAGAAACAAAUGAAUAUGCCACAAGACAUGAGAAACAUUCUCAGUAUUAAAAGAAUGUGUGAAGAUCCAUUCGUCAAUGAAACUGUUUUGGAUACCUACAUUAGAGUGGAAAAGAAAGCCAUCCACAACAUUAUAAAUCUGAAUAUUUCGGGGGAAUCCAAGAAUUACUAUCAUGAGGAUCUUUCCAUGACUGUGGUUAAGAUGAAUUUAAGCACGACAGAUGAUUUUCUAACAAUCGCCACUCCAACCGUAUUAAAUUCUGAUAAUGAAACUGAUAUACAGAUCCCGAUUGAGCCUUUCAGAAAUGUGAACCAGACCACAACUGGCAUAGUUGCCUACUAUUCUGAUCAGCACUUUAAGCUUAAAGAGAAAAAUAAAAUUUUUAUCUCUAAAGUCAUACGGAUUGAAGUCCCUGGAUGUGACAUUAAAAAUUUGAACAAUCCACUUAAAAUGAAAUUCAAAUUUAACUACACAAAGAUCACAAAUGACUACAACCUGUCCUGUCAGUUCUAUGAUGAAAAAGGAAGCAGAACCUGGAAACCAGACGGCUGUCUCACCAACAUAACCAGUGAUGAUGUUGUGGAGUGCCUCUGUGACCAUAUGACCCCUUUUGCUUUGCUUCUAACUGAGGUGAAAAACAUUGAUGGAAAGCAUUGGGAAAUCUUGUCGUACAUCAGCUACAUAGGCUGCGGUCUGUCUGCGUUCUUUUCUGCCUCUACUGUCUUGUCGUUCAUUUUCAACAGUAAUGCAAGGGCAGAAGUGUCCAGCAGCAUCCACGUGUCUUUGGGGGUUGUUUUGAGCGGCGCUCUGUUUCUCCUCAACCUGAGCUUCAUGCUCAGCGAGUGGGGCGCCACACUGUCAGAAAAAGAAGUGUGA